ACCAGUUGAUCAGAUGAUCAGUUGAUCGGUCCAUGGUUUUUAGUUCGAAGAGCGAUGAGGAGAGAGUCUCUCAAGUAUAAAACAAGACAAGACAUGACGAGAGAAGCCAAGCAGGGAAGGGAAGAUCAUGGGGAGGAGAGGGAGAGAAAAUGCGACCGCCUCCGAAGAGAGCCAAGAGCACCUGGUGUCACACCUGCUGGCCCCUUGUCAUGGUUACCUGGUGUCACACCUGUUGGCCCCUUGUCAUGGUUACCUGGUGGUCCUUGUUGCAGGUGACGUGUACUUUGACAUCCGGUCCAUUGGGGAUCGAUACGGCCGGUUUGUGGGCGCUGUGGAUCUUCAGCUAGAACCUGCCGACUCAGGGAAGCGAGACUGGAGGGACUUCGCUCUCUGGAAGAGGGCCAAGCCUCGGGAACCGGCCUGGGGGUCUCCGUGGGGCCGAGGGAGGCCGGGCUGGCACAUCGAAUGCUCCACCAUCGCCAGCUCCAUGUUUGGCAGUCAGCUGGACAUCCACUCUGGAGGUGUUGACCUGGCCUUCCCUCACCAUGAGAACGAGGUGGCUCAGAGUGAAGCCUACCACCAGUGUGGACAAUGGGCCAACUACUUCCUCCACUCAGGCCACUUACACCUCAAAGGGAGCGCCGAGAAAAUGUCCAAAUCUUUGAAGAACUUCGUCACCAUCAAGGACUUCCUGAAGUCGUUCUCCGCCAACGAGUUCCGGAUGUUUUGUCUGUUGACCAAAUACAGAUCAGCUGUGGACUACAGUGACGGCAGCAUGCUGGAGGCCCGCUCCUCUCUGAGGACCAUCUCCAGCUUCGUCCACGACGCCACGGCCUACAUGAAGGGGCAGCUGCAGGGCCCCCCGGUGCAGGAGGCUCUUCUGUGGGAGAGGUUGGCCGAGGGUAAAUCCAGCGUGGUGAAAGCUCUGGCAGACGACUUCGAUACCCCGAGAGCCAUCGGCGCCGUGAUGAAUCUGGUUCACCACGGAAACCGCCAACUGCAGCCCGUUUCCAAGGGGGAGGGGGGGUCCCGGAGCCCCGCCGUGUUCGGAGCCAUCGUCAGCUACCUCCGGGAUGUCCUGGACGUGUUCGGGAUCGACCUGCUGCCCACCGAGGAGCCUGCUGUGGGGCCCCGUGGUGGAGGUCUGGAGGCUGUUGUGGAGCAGCUGACGUCUAGGAAUGAGAGUUCUGACCUCGCCUGGCCUCAGGAGGGCCCGACCCCCAACAGACCUGGUCUCCACCCGGAGAGAGCGCCUCUCCUCGGAGCCUGUGACCGCCUCAGGGAGGACCUGGCCCCCCUGGGUGUUCUGAUCAAGGAUAGAGGAGCCACCUCGACAUGGGAGCUAACGCACAGCAGGCAGAGUCCGAGGGACGGGGACCAGGACGGAGACCAGGACGGAGACCAGGACGGGGACCAGGAGCCCUCCAGCUGAAGAGCAGACUGCCUCCCGGUGUCAGGACUCAGACUGCAGGUCUUCAGUUCUACUAACUGUACGGGGAAACCUCAGACCCACUGCCUCCAGGUGGAGGCUCUUCAGGUCCUGAUGCUCCCAUGUUUACGGUGUCCAGUUGAGUAAAGUCUGGUCAGUCGAUCUGAGACUCAGACACCAGCCGAGCAAAGACUUUUAUUUAGAUCCAACAGACGUCACAAUGUGACGUUAUUUACAGUAAGAUGGUGUUGACCUCUUUAAUGUUGGUGUGCAGUAACGACGCAGUAAACAACAACAACAACACUGA